AUGUCGAAACAGCGGGGAACUGCACCAGUGGGUGCGAAUUGUGGACUAUGUCAACAGCCGGAUACUAGCCGUAUGGUAGCGUGUGAUUCCUGUGAACAGUGGUUUCACUUUGCGUGUGUUGGUGAGGAUUCGAGUGUUGAGGAUCGGGAGUGGAUCUGCGCGAGUUGUGUUGCCGCAGCUAAUCAACCUCCGGCUGGCACGUCGACACCCAAAAACAACAACAACGCCGGUGCAAUACCAAGGUCGGGGAAUAAUUUACCAACGGAUCCGAGACUGGAAGAACUUCUGCAGCAGCAGGUGUCCAAGCAGCUAGCGGCUAUGCAGGCGCAGUUUGACCGGAUGUUAAAAGAAAAGGAAGAACAACAGGCAAAGGAGCUCAACGAUCAACGGGAAAGAUACGAGCAAAGGCUUAAAGAUACGGAGCAGCGUGUGAUGGAGCAGGUAACUUCGACCCUGCGUGGUGGAUCAGCAGCAGGUUUGGGAGCAAACCAAACGUCGCAGAUGGCCAAUGUUGGAGCGGCUAGAGGUGCUGCUCGGAGUGAGCGACCUAUGUUUUUAUUAGAAAGUGCAUCUACGGCGGGAGGUUCUGCAACCCAAAACCCGCAAGCGAUCAACAGUGGAGCGACAAGCAACGUACGGUGUAAUCAACCUAUGGCAUGGUUACCUGGUGCCGGGCCUCUAGCGAGUUCGACGACGAACCCACUGCCGCAGAUUCAUGCUGGCGAAGCGAGCUGCGACGCUCUUGCUCAGGAGUUGAAGCUGUUGGAGGAUAGGCAGGCUAUGGAGCGAAAGCAUUUCGAGGAGCGGCGGCAACUGCUGCAGCGGCGAAUGGCGGUGAAUGUUGGUCCGACCAGUGGAGGUACCGGCCUGAAUCCAGAAUCGGCGGCAUUUCAACCGAGUGUUGGCAGUUUCUGCGGUGCGACUGGAGGUGAUGCUGGGAUAAGGGCUCAAGCGACGGCGUUCUUGCCAAGUUUUGGUGGCUUACAUGGUGCUGCGGGCGGUGCGACUGGAGGUGGUGCCGGAAUACGGAGUCAAACGACGGCGUUCUUGCCGAGUUUUGGUGGCCCACAUGGUGCUGCGGGUGGUGGAGUUGGAUUCAAUUCCCAAGCGACAACUGUUGGAGGUGGUUUCGGGUUUACAACGUUGAACCAGAGUCAGAUCUCGGCGCGGCAUGUUCUGAACAAGGAGCUUCCCUGUUUCGCUGGUAAUCCAGAAGAGUGGCCUCUUUUUAUUGCGAGCUACGAGAGCUCCAGCAGGAUCUGUGGGUUCAGCGAUGAGGAGAACAUGCUGCGGCUUCAGCGGUGCCUAAAAGGGAGAGCUUUGGAAGCAGUGCGAUGGCGUUUGAUGCAUCCCCAGAAUCUGCCAGGAGUGAUCGAGUUGUUGAAAAACCUAUUUGGGAGACCCGAAGCUAUCGUCUUCUCGUUCAUCAAGAAGAUCCGGGAAUUGCCGCCACCGAAGGAGGAGAAGCUGCAGACGCUCAUAGACUUCGGCGUGGCUGUUCAAAACGUCUGUGCCACCAUUACUGCAUCCGGUUUGGACGACUACAUGUUGAUUGGCAAACUUCCGACAUCCUAUAGCAUGAGCUGGGCGUUUCAUCGACAGGGAUUGCCAAGGGCAACGCUCUGGGAGUUCGGCGAAUGGCUGGGAAUGGUUGUUCAGGCUGCGAGCACUAUUACGUUGCCUUCAGUAAAUGCUCCAAAAGUUGAAAGACGUGGUAGAAAGGACGAUAACUUUAUCAACGUGCACUCGGAGACUUGCUGCUGCAUCGACGCUCCACCGAUGGAAUGUCCUAGUACUGCCCCAAAGUCUAGGAGUUGCAUCGUGUGUCAAAAGGAUUGCAGCGGUCUCGAGAAAUGUCAGAAGUUCCUUGAUUGGGAUGUUGGAUCUCGCUGGACGGUGGUUAAGGAGCAGAAUUUGUGUAGGAAGUGCCUUCGAAAACACUAUGGAGCCUGCCAGGUGAAGGAGCCAUGCGGAAAGAAUGGGUGCACGUAUAAGCACAGCAGUUUGCUGCAUGACGACAAGCGGUAUAGUACGCCGGCGAAUCCUGCGGAAAGUUGUAACAUGCAUUCCAAGGCAAUGCGGAGAGUCCUGUUCCGUUACGUUCCGGUGACUAUCUACGGUAGGGGAAAGCAGGUCAACACCUAUGCGUUUCUCGAUGAUGGAUCGUCUGCUACCUUGAUGGAGCAUAGUCUGCUGAAGGAGUUGGGGUUGAAAGGCACUUCCUAUCCGCUGUGCCUCGACUGGACUGGUGGUCAAAGCCGCGAAGAAAACGAAUCGGUCGUACUAGCAGUGAAGAUUUCCGGAAUCAGCGGAGUGCCUGAUGUGUUCGAGAUGCCAGAGGUCCACACGGUUCGGGAUCUUUCUCUUCCGAAGCAGUCGGUGUCGAUACCAAAGAUGGUGGAGAAGUACAGCUAUCUCGCAGGUUUACCGCUGCAGUCAUACGAGAGUGCCUCUCCGCGAAUCCUUAUCGGAAUGAACAACUGCCGUCUAGGAAGCUCGUUGAGGAGCAUUGAAGGAGGUGAGAACGAGCCAAUGGUGUCCAAGACACGACUCGGCUGGAUACUGUACGGUCCCUGUUCAUCGGAGCCCGGUGCGAGGAAUUCUGAUUAUAGUGGCCACCACAGUUUCCACAUCCGCCCGUGCGUCAAGGAGGACGUAAAGGAACUGAAUGCAGCACUUAAGGAGUAUUUUUCGAUCGAGUCGCUGGGGAUUGCCGGAGCGUCAAGGUCGAUGCUGUCGAAGGAUGGAGAGCGCGCUUUGAAGAUCCUGUCCACCGAAACGCGGCUGAUAGAAAACCGCUACGAGACCGGAUUAUUGUGGCGUUAUGACCAAAUAAACUUGCCGAGUAGCAGAGGAAUGGCCCUGAAGCGUCUGGACUGUCUACUAAAGCGGCUGAAGCGAGACCCUGAUCUAGCGGCCGCGAUGUCAGCGAAAAUGUCCGACUACGAGGAGAAGGGGUACAUUCGACGACUUUCCGCUCAGGAAAAGGCGGAGAAACAUUCGAACGACUGGUUCUUGCCGAUAUUUCCGGUUACGAAUCCAAACAAGCCAGGAAAGAUUCGCGUUGUAUUCGACGCAGCAGCCAAGGUCAACGGAGUUUCCCUCAAUUCGUAUCUGCUUACGGGUCCCGAUCAGCUAACGUCCCUGUUAUCAGUCCUCUUCAAGUUCCGGGAGUUCAGCGUUGCCGUCGUUGGAGACAUUCGAGAAAUGUUUUUCCAGGUCGCCAUGAAGAAGCAAGACCAGCGAAGCCAGAUGAUUCUGUGGACCAGUGGAAAUGAGAGCGGAGAUCCCGAGGUGUAUGUAGUGACGGUGAUGACCUUUGGGGCGGCAUGUUCUCCAAGCAGUGCACACUACGUGAAGAAUCGAAACGCUGACCGAUUCGAGGAGCAGGCGGUGCAGUGUAUCAAGUACGAGCACUACGUUGAUGACAUGCUGACAAGCGUCGAAACCGAGGAGGAGGCGGUGAAGCUAGCUGAUGAGGUAAGAUGGAUCCAUGCGCAAGGAGGUUUCGAGAUCCGAAACUGGCUUUCAAACUCCAGUUAUGUCGUUAAAAGUCUGCAUGAGGAGCCAAUCGUGGAGAAGAACCUUAGUGUCGGUCCGGAGAUGUCAACAGAAAAGGUCCUCGGAAUGUGGUGGGACACUACAACCGACACCUUCACAUUCAAGUUGUCACCGAAACACGACGCGGAGCUGCUAUCUGGUGCCAGGAUACCUACGAAACGGGAAGUCCUCAGAACCCUGAUGACAGUGUACGACCCUAUGGGGCUCAUCGGUAACUUCCUGAUCUACCUCAAGAUUCUGCUGCAGGAGAUUUGGCGCUCCGGAUCUGGCUGGGACGACGAGAUCAACGCGCGACUAACCGAAAAGUGGCUGACGUGGAUCGAAACUUUGCCGAAUGUCCGACAGGUCAGGAUUCCUCGUUGCUACCGUACUACGACAUCCGCUGAAUCCAGUAACAGCAUCGAACUCCACAUCUUCUGUGAUGCCAGCGAGAAUGGAAUGGCUGCCGUGGCAUACUUCAGAUUCGAGGAAGAAGGGAAGGUGGAGUGUGCUCUGAUCGGAUCGAAAACUCGUGUGGCGCCGUUGAAAUUUCUCUCGAUUCCUCGCCUCGAGCUGCAAGCCGCAGUAGUUGGAGCACGUCUCGCCGGCAGCAUUGUGAGUUCGCAUAGAAUCCGGAUCACACGACGCAUUUUCUGGACCGAUUCCCGCGACGUAGUCUGCUGGCUACGGUCCGAUCAUCGGCGCUAUAGCCAAUUUGUGGCCUUCAGGAUCAGCGAACUGCUCGAUACGACGGAAGUGGGAGAGUGGAGAUGGCUGCCGACCAAGCAGAACGUAGCGGACGAAGGAACGAAGUGGCAAAGGUUGCCGGACUUUCAGCCGGAAAGUCGUUGGUUUCGAGGACCAGACUUCCUACGAGAACCCGAAAAUUCGUGGCCUGGCGAUGCUGGAGAUCAAGGAACGACUAUGGAAGAGAUCCGUGCCAGCGUUCUACACCACCAAGGAACUAAACCACUGAUCAUUUCAUUCGAACGUUUUUCGAAAUGGAAACGACUUUUGCGGUCCGUCGGAUACCUACAUCGUUACUUCAUCAACUUUCAAAACACCGUCAAGAAAACCACCCUAGUAAGAGGCGCUCUGACGCAGGAGGAGUUGAAGCUGGCUGAGAACACGAUCUACCGAUGUGUUCAGCAGCAGGCUUUCCCGGACGAAGUUCGAUUGAUUGGCAGCCGAGUAAAAGAAGAUUCGCCUUGGGAACGUACUCUACCGAAAUCCAGUGCGCUGUACAAACUGAAUCCAGUCAUCGAUAAGCACGGUGUUCUACGAAUGCGAGGACGUAUCGGUGCCUGUGAAUGGGCAGAUGAGGCUACGAAAGAUCCCGUUAUACUCCCGAGGCAACAUCAUGUUACCAACCUGUUGAUUGCUGAUUACCAUGCUACGUAUCAUCAUCAGAACCACCAAACAGCACUCAACGAAAUCCGCCUCAAGUACAACAUUCCUCGUCUCCGCUCUGAGUUUGACCGAGUCCGAAGAAACUGCCAACGGUGCAAAAUCCGACAAGCGAACCCGAAACCUCCCGCGAUGGGGAACCUUCCGCCCGCCCGGUUGGCAGCGUAUCAGCGCCCAUUCUCGUACACCGGAAUCGACUACUUUGGCCCAAUGUCUGUGUUAGUUGGCAGACGUACCGAAAAGCGAUGGGGAGUCCUGCUCACCUGUAUGACUACCAGAGGAGUGCACAUCGAGAUCGCGCAUUCGCUGAACACAGACUCGUGCAUCUUGGCGCUGCGUAAUUUCAUCGCGAGGAGAGGUUCGCCCUUGGAGAUCCUGAGCGACCGGGGUACCAACUUCAUCGGAGCCUCUAGGGAGUUAUGCGAGGCAUUGAAGCAGAUCGACGAAGAACGUCUGAAGGUGGAAUUCGUCAGCCCGACCACCAAAUGGACGUUCAACCCUCCAGCCGCUCCACAUUUUGGUGGCUGCUGGGAGCGCCUGAUACAGUCGGUGAAGAGAACUAUGAACGACUUCGACCCCCCGCGUUUACCCUCGGACGAGAUUCUUCGUUCCAUGUUGAUGGAGAUCGAGAUGAUCCUGAACUCUCGACCGCUAACCGACAUACCGAUCGACAACGACAGUGAACCACCCCUCACACCCAAUCACUUUUUGUUAGGGUCAUCUAACGGCAGUAAGCCCCCGAUCAUUUUCGACGACAGACCGAUUGUGCUGAAGCGUUCCUGGAAGAUGGCACAACAGUACGCAGACACGUUCUGGAAGAGUCCGUGA